AUGUCGCACAGACCCUAUCCGGUGAUCAAUCUAUUUUGUCGCACAGGAGUACAUGCAUGUGGUUCAGUUCAGCAAUAAAUCUUCCGAGCUGAUGAUCACAGCUCCGGAAUAGCAUAUCAAUUUGAAAUCUAAGUAUAGAACUUACAUGUUUUAAAAUAUGAAUCGAUUAGAAAGACGUAUUCUUCUCAUUUAUCCAAGCGACUUGGAUGGAUUUGCAGGAGAAAUGUAUAUUUAUGAAGAUCCUCUCAAAAUAUUAGCUGAUGGCGCAUACCAUAAAAACUAUGAGAAAAAUAUAUUAGGCUCCGGAGUAAUAAUUUCUCAAUUCAUUCAGAAUCGGUAUUUACUGAUAACGGAGGCUGGGUAUCCCUUUGGAUUAAUUAUGAUUGUAGACAUUGUGAAUAAAGAUGUUUUAGAUUUAACGAAAGAUACAAUUGUCUCGAUUUUAUUAGAAGAAAAAUUUUCUGAACCUAGCAUUAUCCUGACGUUGAUCUUCAUAAACAUAAGAAUAAGUCCAAUAAAAAUUACCAAUGAUCAUGCAAACACCUGGUUCUUCGAACCCCUCUGGCUCGGCCCACUUCAAACCAUCAAUCGCUUAACCUUUCUCGGUCGUGCCUUCCUUCGUUGCUUAUGA